CACUUCUCCCGGGACAGCAGAGUGAGCGGCCGGUGACACUUGUGGCCCCACCUCCUCCAGUCCGGCUCAGUGCUGUAUCUACUGUACAGACCGGAGACCGAGCUCACGCAGGCGGUGCGGGACUGCUGCGGGACCUCUGCGUGUGCGGGAGCGUGUGUGAGAGAGAAAGUUUGACUGAGUGUGUGAGUGUGUGUGAGUGUGUGAGAGAGAGAGUGGAUAGAGGAGUCGCAGGAAACUACCGAGCAGCCAGAGAGACAGCCUGGUGUAUGUGAAUCCAGGCAUCCUGAUGUCCAUCAUGGCUGCGUAUCUGAGCCUCCUUAUGCUGGCUCUCAGUGUGUUCGGACAGGAGCUCCCAUCAGGCCCUCACGGCUGCACGGAAGGAAGCUGUUACCCUGCGACAGGAAACCUUCUGAUUGGACGAGCCAUUAACCUCACCGCCAGCUCUACAUGUGGCCUGGAAGGACCAGAGCACUACUGCAUCGUCAGCCAUCUGCAGGAGUCUGACAAGUGUUUCGAGUGUAACUCCCAGCACGUCUACGACCCGUACCGCCACAGAAACAGCCACCGCAUCCAGAACGUGAUCUACCUCAUGGACAGAAACGAAGAUAAAACCUGGUGGCAGUCUGUCAACGGACAGGAGGAUGUCAGCAUCAGGAUGAACCUAGAGGCCGAAUUCCACUUCACACAUCUCAUCAUGAAGUUCAAGACAUUCAGACCUGCAGCGAUGAUCAUCGAGCGCUCAGCUGACUUUGGUCGCACAUGGCGCCCGUAUCGUUACUUUGCCUCAAACUGUACCAGGAGCUUUCCAGGAAUCCCUGCUAAUGGCCUGAGCCACAUCAACGACGUCAUCUGUGAGGAACGCUACUCUGACAUCGAACCCUCCACGAACGGAGAGGUGAUUUAUAAAGUUUUGGAUCCUGCCAUUCAUGUGAAAGAUCCCUACAGCUUCGACAUUCAAGAACUUCUUCGUAUCACCAACCUGCGAAUCAACUUCACCAAACUGAACACACUGGGAGACGACCUGCUCGACCGUCGCUUCGACGUCCUGCAGAAAUAUUACUACGCCAUUUAUGAGCUGGUGGUCCGAGGGAGCUGCUUCUGUUAUGGACACGCCUCAGAGUGUGCACCAGUGCCAGGGGUCGAUGCUCGGGAGAACGGCAUGAUCCACGGCCGCUGUGUGUGCAAACAUAAUACAGAGGGUCUGAACUGUGAGCGCUGCAGAGAUUUCCACCACGACCUGCCAUGGAGACCAGCAGAGGCAGAGAACCCACACACCUGCAGAGAGUGCAACUGUAACGGACACUCAAACCAGUGUCACUUCGACAUGGCGGUGUAUUUGGCCACGGGCAACAUCAGUGGAGGAGUGUGUGACGACUGUCUGCACAACAGCAUGGGACGCAACUGUGAGAUGUGCAAACCUUUCUACUACCAAGACCCUCUGAGGGACAUCAGGGACCCCCGGGUGUGUGUUGCCUGUGACUGUGACCCAGUGGGCUCUUUGGAGGGGGGAGUGUGUGACAGUCACACUGACCUGGAUAUGGGGAUGAUCUCAGGACAGUGUCGCUGCAAAGUCAAUGUCAAAGGCACGCGGUGCGAUGACUGCAAGGAGGGAUAUUAUGGACUGAGCCAGAACGACCCACUGGGCUGUCAGCCUUGUAACUGUGACCCUCGUGGCAUCAUCAUGAUGGGAGCUCCCUGUGAUCAGAUCAGCGGGGACUGCUCAUGUAAAAGAUACGUGACUGGACGCUACUGUAACCAAUGUCUGCCGGAAUACUGGGGGCUCAGUAACGACCUGGCAGGCUGCAGACCAUGUGACUGUGACUUUGGUGGAGCCUUCAACAACAGGUGCAUGAUGGAGAACGGCCAGUGUGACUGCAGGAGGCAUCUGAUUGGUCGACAGUGUUCCGAGGUCCAGCCUGGGUACUUCUGUGCUCCGCUGGACUACUACAAAUACGAGGCUGAAGACUCCACCGGACACUCCCCUGGUGACUCUGCACUUCCUGGCAAAGUUCGUCCUCAGGCAGAGACCGACUGUGUGCAGCACCUCAGCAACCAGCUGAGGAGACACCGACGUCACCGUCGUGUCACCAACUCACAGCAACACCGUGCAGCUCUCAGACGAAUCCGCCAGCUUCAACAGACACCUGAUGUAAGGACGGUGUCCAGGGAACACACUCCCAGCCACAUGGUGUCGUGGUCAGGACCCGGUUUUGCCCGAGUUAAAGACGGCGCCGGCUUGGUGUUCACCAUCGACAACAUCCCCUACGCCAUGGAGUACAACAUCAUGAUCCGCUACGAACCUGAGUCCACAGAGGACUGGGAAGCCAUAGUCAGCAUCACAUCUGUAAUGCUGCCUUCUAGUCUCCGCUGUGGAAACCUCCUCCCAACUGAACAGCUCUACACAGUGACCCUCCCGCACAGAAACAGGUACAUCCAGAUGCCUCGGCCGUUCUGCUUCGAGCCCAGUAAUCGUUACAUCGUCGCCAUCAGGUUCCAACGCCACGGAGUCUCACACAGACAUCUCACCGCCUUCAUUCUUGUUGACUCGCUGGUUCUGAUCCCCAAAUACACCGAGCUUCCUGGUUUCCAAGGCACUGAGCCCGAGGCGGAGCAGCAUCGGGAGGAAAUGAUCCGCUACAUGUGUGUGGAUUCCUUCAUGAUCACACCGAUGCCCGCCCUGGCUGAGAUGUGCUCCAAACUUAUCUGCAGUAUUUCAUCCAUCAUUCAUGACGGCGCUCUGCCCUGUCAGUGCGACCCUCAGGGCUCCCUCAGUGGUGAGUGUGACAAAGUGGGCGGUCAGUGUCACUGUAAACCCAACGUGAUGGGGCAACGCUGCGACCAGUGUGCGCCUGGAACCUACGGUUUCGGAGUCAGCGGCUGUACAGCCUGUGACUGCCACCCUGAGGGCUCAUUGAGUAGCCAGUGUGACCCAGCAACCGGUCAGUGUCAGUGCCGGCAGGGAGCCACCGGCCGUCAGUGCUCAGACUGCCAACCAGGCCAGUGGGGCUUCCCGAGCUGCAGCCCCUGUCAGUGUAACGGCCACGCUGACCUCUGUGACCCCCGCACCGGGGAGUGUAACGACUGCAGGGACUACACAGCGGGACACCUCUGUGAACGUUGUGUGAAUGGGUUCUUUGGAAACCCCGUGCUUGGUUUAGGGGAGCACUGUCGGCCCUGUCCGUGUCCCGGUAACCCCGGCUCCGAUCAUUUUAACGGGCACUCCUGUCAGGCUGACCACACCUCCAACCAGAUCAUCUGCACCUGCAAACAAGGCUACGCAGAGCCGCGCUGUGACCGCUGUGCCCCCGGUUAUUACGGUGACCCUCAGCAGCCUGGUGGGCAGUGCCUUCCAUGCCAGUGCCAUGGUAACAUCGAUACCCAGGACCCUCAGUCAUGUGACCCCAGGACCGGACGAUGCCUCAAGUGUUUGUACUACACAGAUGGCCCGUCCUGUGCACAGUGUCAACACGGAUACUACGGGAAUGCUUUAGCCCAUGACUGCAGGCGUUGUACCUGUGUGUCAGCUGGUACCAUAAAGUCUGCAUGCAGUGAUGGACAGUGUCACUGUGACAGAGAGACCGGAGCCUGCCCCUGCAGGGAGAACGUGGCAGGUCAUAACUGUGACCAGUGUGCUCCCAACUACUGGAACUAUGGCCAGGACAGAGGCUGUGAGACCUGCGGCUGCGACCCACAACACGCUCUGGGGACUCACUGCAACAUGUUCACCGGCCAGUGUCACUGUCGUCCUGGGUUUGGAGGGAGACAGUGCACAGAGUGUGAGCAGUUUCACUGGGGUGACCCCAGGGUGCAGUGUCAAGAGUGUAACUGCCACCCCCUGGGCUCAGAGAUGGCUCAGUGCGACAGAGUAACGGGGGCGUGCGAGUGCAGGGAGGGAGCAGCUGGGCAGCGCUGCGAUGAAUGUGCUCGCGGCUUCACCGGCACCUUCCCCGGCUGCGUCCAGUGUCACCCGUGCUUCCAACUGUGGGAUGAUGCGGUGUGUCAGCUCAAACGGGACCUGGAUCACAUCCAGUAUGUCAUACAGAAGAUCCUGGAGAACGGGGUCACGCCUGGAGUCGGGGAGGACUCGCGCAUCAAAGAGCUGGAGAGGAAGCUGAAGCAGGUGAAGGAUCUGAUCAGCACAGAGGAUAGAGACAGGAUCUACCAUCUGAUUGGACAGAGCAUCGAUGACCUCAGGGCUGAGAUCGCCCUGACUGACGGGCGCCUCAUGAGCGUCUCUCGAGAACUAAACACAACAGCAGAAGAAGAAGCAACCCUGAGACAAACACUGAGUAAUCUAGAGAGAGAACUGAGAGACGUCAACAUGACUGUGGCUCACAAACAACGCCUGGUGGAGGACUACCUCACCUCAGGGUUUGCAGAUCAGUACGAGAAAGUGAAGAAGUUCUACCAGCAGUCAGUGGACGCUUAUCAGAAAUGCAAUGCCUCAGUGUCCGGUCCUUCCAGUCCUGUGGGACAGUCCAAAGAAACCCGCGCUGUCACUGAAAACCUGCUGGACGCCAAUAAAGACAAGUUCAACCGAGCCUUGGCCGCUCAGAACAAAUCCUUAAACGAGCUGCAGCAGAAAAGCCACGACCUGGAUAAGAAGGUCCACCACCUCAGUCACAAGGUGUGUGGCGGUCACAGCAAUUCCAGCACAGGUGGAAAUUGUACAGACAGCCGAUGUGGUGGAGCCGGUUGCAGAGACAGUAAAGGCAACAGAGUUUGUGGUGGUGAAGGUUGCAACGGGGCAGUCAGCACUUCAGUGUCAGCUCUGAAUCACGCCAGGGACGUCACCGACAGUCUGACGGCUGCCAACGAGGAGCUGCAGAACGUGGCCAGAAAGUUCCAGGAUAUCGCUGCUCUGACUCAGGAUGUAAAGAACCAGGCGAUGAACACGCUGGAAAAAGCCCAGAAGAAGAAGGACCAAUUUGAAAACAACAACAAGAAGCUCAAAGAUUUCAUUAAGAAGAUCAAAGACUUCCUCACUGAGGAGGGAGCAGAUCCAGAGAGCAUAGAGAAGGUCGCCCUGCAGGUCUUGUCCAUCACUCUGCCAGUCAACAGGACCACUCUGGACAAACUGAUCCUGCAGAUUAAGGACAGCCUCUCUAACCUCACCAACGUGGAGGGGAUCGUCAACCAAACGUCACAGCACAUCAACACAGCCAAGGAGCUGCUCAACAAAGCUAAAGACACCAAGAGCAAAGCAGAGAGCGUGAAGGAUGCAGCCAAAAAAACCAAACAGGCCCUGGAUGGAUCUGAGAAGGCCAUAGAGAAAGCAAAAGCAGGCCUGAAGGAGGCCCAGAACAACCUGAACAUCUCCAGGAACGCUACAACUGAGGUGGAUGACAGGCUGAAGCUGCUGGAGGAUAAGCAGAUGGACGUCAUGAUGCGUUUACAAAACCUCUCCAUUGGUGUUGAAGCUCUGAGGAAUAAGACGGAGCAGAACAGACAGAUGGCGAUGGACGCCAAAUCUCAGGCUGAGAACGCCACACUUGUAACGACCUCGCUGCAGCAGAGCCUGAAUGAAACAGAGAAGCGGUACCGGGAGCUGCAGAUGAAGGUGGACUCUCUUGGUGGGGAGACUGGAGGGGUGAUCAACGUCAACCAGAGAGCCAAGGAUAUCAAGAAGGAGGCAGAAGACCUCCUCAACAAAGCCAGCAAGGGGAUAGAACAGCUCCGGAAACUGGAGAAAAAGUUCAAGAAUAACGAGCAGCGGAUUCAGAAGCAGCGCACAGAGAUGGACCAGCUGAGAGAAAACGCUACAAUGGUUCGGGACGAGAUCCGGGAUCAGGUGCAGAAAUACAGCAACUGUGUGUGAGAAGGUGACCCCGGUUUAUCAUGUGCUGCUGUACUUCAGACCAGAGUUAUGACUGACCAGGACACCCUGGACAAUAAUAUGCUGCUUUGGUACCUCCAUUAUUUCACUGAUAUAUAUAAAGUUUUACACAUUACCUGUCAAGUGUUAUAUCCCAGGACUGCCUUCCUCUGUCCAUGUACUGUACCACAUGUUCACUCCCAGAUAUCAGACAGCUGCUGUAUGGUGUUUUUAAGCUAUAUGACAUCAGGUGGUUCACCUGUGAAGAGUAUUUUUCACUGUAUGAUGUGCCGAGAUAAAUGAUUUGUCGUGUUUAAUGAACAGAAGAAUAUAUAUCUGCGUAUAAUAUCAGACGUUUGUCAUUUUGACUAAAAGAGCGUUUAAUAUUUUA